ACUGUGUCGUGUAUACGUGGGUUCGGAAGUGCGUUGUCCAAGUGUGCUAGCUCCUUCUACAAAUUGAGUGAUACCUUAUCGUUAGAACAGUGCAAAGCAAAGUUCGAAGUAUCGAUAUAAUAUGAAAGCCGGAAGUCGACGUGCUUGAAGUAAAAUCUAUUUACGUUUUUGUUAAAGGUUGCUUGUUGUGCUGCUUAUAGCUUCUCAGAGCAUGGAGACUGUGCACCAAACAAAAGCAAAAGAGGUUCCCUCCUUGGUGUAGAGGCAACCAUGCCAGGAGUCAGGCACCCAUCACCGGAUGAGAGCUGGGAGGACAGUAGUUACAGAACUUCAUAUUCUUCUGAUCCAAGGAGCAUGUAUCACCACAGCAGCAUCCAUUCAAAUGGCUACUCUGGAGAUGGCCAACAAAGUGUGGUUGGAGAAGAUGCUCCAACCUACGUUAUGGAGCAUCUAGCCACAUUUUCUGUAUCAAAAGAGACAGGAAUUGUUUAUCCAGCAGAUGGUAUGAGAAGACUACUACAGUUAGAAAAGUCAAAUGGUAUUUGGUCACAAAAAAUGUCGUUGCGCUUGGACCGACAGGAAGUAUUGAUAAUGGACUAUGAAACAGGGGCUGUCAUGGAACGUUUCCCUGUUGCUCUGAUACAAGAACCUACGGCUUUCACUAGUCAUGACCCAAUGGAGAUUUACAACAACAUCCUGGUAUUUGUUGUUGGUGAUGAAAGACAUGAACGUGCUGGACAACGUUCGGAAAUGCACAUAUUUCAGUGCCAGACAGUGUCAGCCCAAGAACUAGUUGAGGAUUUGAAGAUGCUACGAGUUGGAAAAAUACCUCCUGGAAGGCAGUCUCGCCAUAUUCCACCACCACCAGCAACUCCCCCUCCAGAACCACCAAGUAAUGGAAUAAGUGUAAGAGAACAGGUUUCAGUCUUCAAUGCUGCAGCUCAUCAAUCAGAAUCACGUGGUGUCCCACAUGCAGAAUUAGCAUCAGGGAUGUAUCCUCAACGUGAUGAUAUGCCGCUGAAUGAUGAUUCAAGUUCAACAUCAAGUGAAAAGUAUGAACGUGAUGUUACAAUACUUAAUCACUGUUUUGAUGAUAUUGAAAAAUUUAUUGCAAGGCUUCAACAUGCAGCUGCUGCCUCACGAGAACUGGAGCGCAGGCGCAGGACUCGCAAGUCAAAGAAGAAAGAUCUGGGUGAUGGUAUGCUGACAAUGAGGGCAAAGCCUCCACCAGAAGCAGAAUUUGUAGAUAUAUUUCAGAAAUUCAAGCUUUCCUUUAAUUUGUUGGCUAAACUGAAAACGCACAUACAUGACCCCAAUGCUCCAGAGCUAGUUCACUUUCUGUUCACUCCCUUGGCAUUAAUUGUGGAUGCAUCACAUGACACACAUUAUGGACCCAACUUACCAGCAAAGGUGGUGUCUCCCCUACUUACACAAGAAGCUGUUAAUCUUUUAAUGAACUGUGUUACAAGCAAGGAAACUGAACUGUGGCAUUCACUGGGAGAUGCCUGGCGUAUACCAAGUAAUCAGUGGAAGAGUUAUGUAGCACCAUACCAUCCUGUUUUCCUUGAUGGUUGGUCACCAGAGUAUCCUGUCACAGAUGAGCAUUCUGGUCCCCUCUCAUCUUCUGUAGAAGAAAAGAGGACACAUCCAGAAGACAUGAGGGCAGCAACCCACGAGCCUGAUCUCCGUGACCAACAUUACCAUCACCGUGAACCUGAGCGUGAUGAUUCACACUAUAGCAGUGACUACUUUGACUAUGAGCAGCAGGAUGCUUCCCCUCCUGAUCCAAACAGAUACUACAGUUCUCGAACUGAUAGGUACAGUCGUGAUGAAAGGGAAAGAUCGCAGAGUCCAGGAGGUUCUGAUAGAGACUUCUCAGCAGUCCCAUCAAUGGGAGGAGUACCAAUGUCACCGAGAGAUAUAAGUUCACGUAGUGAUAUUUCAGCAGAUUCAAUUGAGAGAACUGGUGGUGGAAGAGAAAUUCACAGAGAUCAAGCUCGCUGGUUGGAGGAUCUUCGUAGUCGUGGAGCUAAGAUUGUCCAGGUUACAUAUCCCAGAACGGCCAAUAAUGACAAAGAGUUGACUGUAGUACGAGGAGAAUUUUUAGAGGUCAUUGAUGACACCAGAAAGUGGUGGAAGGCACGCAAUAUUAGAGGCCAAGUGGCUCAUGUUCCACAUACAAUAGUCACUCCAUAUCCACCAGGAGGUGUUGACUCGAGUGAUGUCUUCAGCAAUCCUCUGUAUGCUCCACCAAGGGGCUAUGACCGCCAUUAUGCAAGCCAGGAUUCGCCACGUGAUGGAGGGUCAGGUGAUGGAAGAAUGCCCACACGCUCACCACCAAUUCCACCUCCUGCCCCAGCUGACUGGGUUCGUAAAGAAAGACUUGGAAAGAAAGGUGAAUUUAGAUACUUCUAAAUAUUUGAGGACUUUGUGGAAAGUCCCAAGCUCCGUCCUCAAAAAGGCCAGAAUAUUCACUGUUUUUUAAGGCUUUCAAUUUGCUAAGAAAGGGAUACAUCCCAGUACUUUAUGACAAUAUGAAUGUAAGUGACUACAUUGCGACAAUGACUUUAAUGAAACAAUUUGUUUCACAAUAAAAUCACAUACAUGAAAAUUUGAAGCAGCAGUGUCAGAGGAAAGCAGUGGCAGUAUGUAAAUGCUGAUAUGGUUUACACAGACAAAGAAUGAAUUGUUUGCAUCCAGUGUCACACAUGAACAGCAGAUACAGUAUAGGUAUUAAAAUCCUUGUAAUACCACAGAACUGCCACAAGAUGAGAACACACAUAUAGAAGAAAAACAAUUUAUUGUUAUGUUGUAUAGAAAUGACUGCCUUUUAUUAUGAACUUUAAUUACAUUUUUUCUGUAUGUGCCGACAUGUUACAAUACUCAUCAUAGUUUCAUAUAAGCUUACACAAUAUUAUUGAUAAUCUUUUAUUAAACUGAGGAAAGUGCAAAUAAACAUUGGGCCUGCAUGUUUACUAAUUACACAUUAUGUCAGGCUAAUGUAGUGAUUUAACUAUCAUAUUUCACAGUCUCCUCAUUUGGUCAGUUUUCAAUGCAAUACAUGAAUUAGUUAACUGUUCACAGGAAGUAUUUGUGAGACUAUAGCUGAUUUUAAAGCUUCAUCACUUACAUAAUACUUGUUGGUACAGUGAUAUGUAUCUACCUCACUCAUAUAGAUGUGUCAUUUCAUUUACCAUCAGAUAUCAUUGCUUCCAAACUGUCUGUUCAUGCUAUUUCAUUAUCCAUAAUCCAUUCUUUGGUGCUUAAGUUAGUGAUAUUACUCCCUUAAAAAAUUUAGAUCUCCAGUUUUGUGGGACAUUAGCAGUAAAGAGUUAGUCUUUAAUUGUUUACAAUGUGUCCAGGUGCUACUCAAUCAGUAAUUCAUCUCUAAAAUGUGAUCACAUUUUACACUGUUGCCUAACAAUCAUAGGAAAUUUAAUUCCUUUUAAAAAAUGUUUUUUUUCUGAUUGUCCUCUCUCUUUUGUCAUGGCAUCUAGAAUAUUUGCAUUCAUUGUAAUGUUAAUUCAUUUGAUUCUUUUUUCAUGAAAACAUUUUACCUUCGAAGAAUGGUUUGCAGUUUUUACAGUUCACUGCAUCCAUAAUUGUCUCAGAUGUACAUGUGCUUUGAUAGGAGUAUUAACAUUCUGCAGUACGUAUAAUCAUACACAAAAUAACUGCAACAUAGGUGAUAGAACAGUAAGCUAACAUUAAGACUAAUUUGAAUAAACAAAGGAAACCACAUACUGUGCCACAAGGUUCAUGUCCUGAAUUAAAAAUAUAAAACCCUGAUAAUUUUUCCUAGUGGUGUAUGGUUCUUUUUCUAAAGAAAGUUUACAGAAAAAGAGGAAUAUCAUAAGUGUGAAUGGAACAGAGAAGCUCACUUUACUGAAAUGAGUGACAGAGCCAAAACUUUUUAAGUCUGCUAUGAAAAUUGGGAAACAUUACCUGACAAAUUUGGUUUGAAGUUAAAAAACACUUAUUAAUAUUCAUGAAUAAUUGAAGAGACUGUUAGGAACUGUGGGAUGUGUAUGGUAAUUUUUGAUCAGGGAGGUGAAAAUGUAUUUUUUUCAGUUUCACUGUGCAUUGAUGUAAUUUUCUAUCAGCAAAGAUUUCAGUAAAUCUAUUACACAUGCUGCAUUUAUGCUUGUAGAAAAUUAUUGACAUCUGCACCCUUCACUUGCUUUGGUGUUGAGCUAUAUCUGUGCUAUAAUGGGAAAGCCUAGAUUUUUCUGAUACUUGAAACUUUACUUUUCUGCUUAAUAUUUCUUAACAUGGUCAUUUUCUUAUACUGAAAAUAGAUUUCAGAAUUAAGCAUUCAUAAAUGCUUAAAACCAUAAACUUGGCUGACAUUAGUACUGCCAUAUAAAAAUAUAAAAGAACUGGCACACUGUUAAUUUAUCUAGUCACUGAUAGUAUUAAAACUAUAUAAAAGAUUGAUAUUCAUAAAGAAGAAUUUAAGCAUUUAAAAAGAAUCUUUACUAUUGCUGUUCAGUUUUAGACAGAACUUAGUGAAAACAGGGUGUCCAGGAUUUAAACUCUAAUGAUAUAAAAUGAGGAGUAACGGAUUUUCAUACCUUCAGCUAGUCCCUUUACUAAUCCUUACUGAUUUCAAGCUUUGUUUUUCUUGUUUGCAUAACACAGACAAUUUUCUCAUCACUAUAAAAUAUAUCUUCAAUUUAUGUAUCCCAACCUACUGUAAAUAAACUAAUACUGAAUGAGUUCACCUGUGCCACAACAUGGUAUCUCUGCUUGUCUCAAGAUUUCUCCGCAGAUUUAUUUCCUCUUAUCUAACCUUUUGUCAGUACAGCUCAUUUAGUAUUUACUGUCAUUUUAUAUAACAACAUUUUAAAUACAUCUAGCUUUUUUCAUUCCAUUUUUUCUUGUUAUCUACACACAUUUUAAACAUAGGGUCAUGCUUCUGGUGUAAAGAAGAACAGUGAUUGCUUUGUUUGUCCAUUGAUCAUUGUUAAGGACUGGAAUAUUUGUUACAGUCAACUCCCUAUUACAAUCAAGGAAAACCAAAAACCUUUGAACUGAGUCUGAGAUUGCAAAUUAACAAAACUGCAGUGUAUAAAUUAUAGUGCAAAACAUGAACAAGCACAGUACUAUUCUCUUUUUUCCUUUUUAAAACCAGUCCUGUGGCAGAUUAACUUUGAAAACGUCUAAGAAAACAACUAAAAUUUCUUUAUAUAUUGGUUUCAAUGUCUUGUUGCCAUAGCGCCUAUCAUUCAUCAGCUUUUUAAUCUUCAUGCAUAUGCUGGAAAAUUAAUAUUCUUUCAAUGUUAAUUGUGCUCCAUGUUAAUUUGUGACUCUUUGUUUCUGCAUAAUGCAACAGAUUUAGUAAUACACUAGAACAUUUGUGUUGUAUAUACAACAUUUUAUACACAAGUAUAUUACAGAUUAUAUAGAUUUAGAGCAUUACUUCUCUUAUUGGCACACCUGCUUCACAGUUUUUUCCUUUAUUUAAGUAUUUUUCUGUCAUCUACAUCUGAUGUGUUGUUAUUUUGUGUAUGUAUCUAUAUGUUUAUUUGUUGGCUUUGUUAGCUAAGUAAUGUAACUUAUUCCUGAAAUUUAUAAUGCACUUUGGUAAUCUUCUGCCAGUUACAUUUAAUUUUUGUAGCAAAUUCACCGUAUAUUCUAUGUGCAAACACAAUGAAGUUACAUCCAGAAGAAUGAAAAAGUCUGUCAUUUAUUGCAUAAAUUCUCAAAGAAGAAGCACUGUAUUUCAGUCUUGUCUGGAUAGCAGUGAAGUUUAGUGAUGAGUUUGUGUGAAUACUGAUGCUGCAGAGUGGGCAGAAAAAAUGAAAUUGUAUGUAAUUAGAGUUUCUUUGCAUCAACAGUAUACAUUUGGCAUUAAAAAGCUUUAAGUAGAUUUUUAUCAAAAUUUGCCACAGAAUUAUUAUUAUUUGUUUAUAAACAGUUACAUCACCAUCACCUCACUUAGAUUUUGAUUAAAUAGUCAAGCUCUUAGGAAUAAUUUCAGCAUUCAAUAUUAGUUAAUAUUAUAUGACAUUUAAAUUUAAUACGUUAAGUUUCAUUUAAUUUCUGAAUUAUGAUACUCCUGUAUUUUAACAGUCUACCUGGUAUCACACAUUUAAGUGACUUAGAAAGUUUUAAUAUUGUUGGGUUCCACAUGCUAAGUGAAGUUCAUUUUCAAUACCUCUACCAUUUAAGUACCGUCAAGCUUAUUAUAAUGUUGUAAAAGCUCUUAAUGCACUGAUAUAUAGAGAGAGAGAGAGAAAAAAAAGACAGUGCAAAGUGAAUGCUGUGUUGUAGUGAUACUGUAUGUGGAAAACUGAAAUAACAGCUGUAAACUAAAUAAUUUUUAAUACUUCAUUUACCUAACAUAAAUAAGUAAGAAAAGAAACCGGCAAAUGUUUUAGAUGGGGUAGGAGAAUACACAUUAGAACCUGUGCUGUCUAUCUAAUUGCAUUCAUUUCUUUUUGGCGAUUUACAUUUCUGUAUCUGUCGUUACCCCAAGAAAUUGCUUUUGGUAUAUUUGUAUAGUAUUUUCAUGAAACAGAUGACACAGUGGAUAACAUACAGGAUGUAUAUAUUUAAUCUCAUAAUAAUAAACUCAGCUUAACAUAAAUACAAUUUAUGUAUUAUUAAAAGGUUAUAAUGCCUGCAGUAAACACUAUAUGUUUUUAAUAUACAUGGAGAUGUGAUUGUGAACUUGUCAAUUGUUUGAUGAAUUUGCUGUCUUACUCAUUAUCAAAAAGUGGAGUUUUAUGUAGUGACCUGUUGUUGUUGUUUGUCUAAAAAAAAAAGAAAGCAACUGUCCAUUGUCCAUGAUAGCUAAUUGUGGUGUCUCUUUCAACUGUGUAUUGAAUUCUUGCAUUCCAAAGAUCCCUUGUUUGUAUAUUGUGUAGUAUGGUGUUUGUUAUAACAGAUUUGUUUACCUUUGCCAUUUUUACUGUAAAAGGUGAUUUGAAUGUAUAUUUUUAAUUAUAUUGAUUGUUAUCUGAUAAUAUGUAUUGUGAAAGUGAAUAAAUGUACUUAUAUGUAAGAACAUAA